UUCCCAGACCAAACAACGUUCCCAUAACAUCAAUUUUUUCGAAUUCAUACUUUCAUUUGGCAUCUCAUCAUCCGCCCUGUCAUUUUUACUGCCACGCCUGUUCUGUUCAUUUGACUUCACGCUGAAACAAGAGAAACAACUUCCGGAUUGGACAAACAACAAGAACACACCUGAUUUGGUUUCGUGGGUCAAUUUCAAGUUUUGAUUUUGUUCAUCUUUCUAGGAUUGAUUAACAAGGUACAGAGAAGAGAGAGAGAGGAGAAGGUGGGGCUGAUUGGUGGAAGGUUAUGGCUUUUUGGUUUUGUUGCGGAAGUGCUUCGGAUCGCAAAAAACGAGGGAAAGAACAACCUACAUGGCGAGUGUUUUCUUUGAAGGAAUUACACUCUGCUACAAAUAAUUUCAACUAUGAUAACAAGCUUGGAGAAGGGAGCUUUGGCAGUGUGUACUGGGGUCAACUUUGGGAUGGAUCACAAAUUGCAGUGAAAAGAUUGAAAGUUUGGAGCAACAAAGCAGAUAUGGAAUUUGCUGUUGAAGUUGAAAUACUGGCAAGAGUACGACACAAGAAUCUUCUUAGUCUACGUGGCUAUUGUGCUGAAGGACAGGAACGGUUAAUUGUAUAUGAAUAUAUGCCAAAUUUGAGCCUUCUCUCACAUCUUCAUGGACAGCACUCAGCGGAAAGCCUUCUAGAUUGGAAUCGGCGAAUGAAUAUUGCUAUUGGGUCUGCUGAGGGAAUUGUAUAUCUUCACCAUCAAGCAACACCACAUGUCAUCCACAGGGAUAUUAAAGCAAGCAAUGUGUUGUUGGAUUCAGAUUUCCAAGCCCGGGUUGCUGAUUUUGGGUUUGCUAAAUUGAUCCCUGAUGGGGCAACUCAUGUGACUACAAAAGUUAAGGGUACCCUGGGCUACCUUGCACCAGAAUAUGCUAUGUUAGGUAAAGCGAACGAGAGUUGUGAUGUCUACAGUUUUGGUAUUCUCCUUCUAGAACUCGCCAGUGGCAGAAAACCAGUUGAAAAGAUUAGUUCCACGGUGAGGCGAUCAAUAGUUGAUUGGGCAUUUCCAUUGGUUUGUGAGAAGAAAUUCAGUGAAAUUGCUGAUCCCAGACUAAAUGGUAACUAUGUGGAGGAAGAGCUUAAAAGAGUUAUUUUUGUUGCAUUGGUGUGUGCUCAGAAUCUACCUGACAAGAGACCCACCAUGCUUGAUGUGGUAGAGCUAUUGAAGGGAGAAUCUAAAGAUAAACUUUCUCUUAUAGAGAAUAGUGAAAUGUUUAGAAGCCCUCUAGCUGUAGAAUACAAUGAUGAUGGGACAUUAGCAGCUGAAGACAGUUUGGACUUUAUAUAUGAAGAAAAAGAAUUAAAACAUGAGUUGAAAGAGAAUACUGAGCUAUGAAUGAUACCCAAAAAAACAAAGAAACAAACAAACUAUGAACUUGAUAUCUUAAAAUACAGGUUGUGAAGUUUUCAGGUAUAACUAUAGUUUGUUAUUAUUGCAAUUGGCAAGGUGACACUGGGUGACCAUUUAUCAUAUCAGCAUGGACAUGUUUCCCACUUGCAUGGAUUUAUGAGUGCUUGGGGUUUGUCUAUUUGUAUACUGUUUUAUUCCC